UCAACGACAAAUCAGCCAAGCCAAUCUUCCAAAACUAAGCUCAGGAGUCGGUUCAUUGAGCUCCAGCUCCAGCACCAGCACACCUCACCAUUCAUAUAAAGAUUGUCCCAUAGCUCCUCUAAAUUGAGCCCUCUUCUCUACACGAUUGUUCCUGAUAGAUACCAACAACACCACCUCACAAGCAUUAGCAAGAAUCACAAAAAGACCAGAUUUGCAAUCACAUCAGAACUUCCUAACAAAAAUGGCUGGAGUUUCAGCUCUCCCUGCAGAGAUUUUGCUAUCAAAGCGUGUUCAGGAAAUGGUCCUUAACGGUGAAGAACCACAAAAGCCCUACAUCAGUAGAGAUGAUUGCACUAAUGAAGCAAUUCCCAGUCCCCCAUCUGAUCUGAUUCCGAUCAUAGACCUCAGCCUCCUCUCUUCUUCAGAGCCAUGCUCUGCACAAGAACUGCAGCGGCUUAGAUCAGCUCUUUGUUCAUGGGGCUGCUUUCAGGCAACAGGUCACGGUAUUCCAAAAUCAUUUCUUGAUAAGAUUCGCCAAGUAGCGAGGGAUUUCUUCGAGCAGCCAAUGGAGGAGAAGAAAAGGCAUGCUAAAGGAGUGGAAGAGUUUGAAGGAUAUGGAGCUGAUCCUGUCCCAGCAGAAGGACAGUCGCUUGACUGGUCUGAUCGCUUGUUUCUUAACGUAUACCCAGAAGAUCGAAGGAAGCAUGAGUUUUGGCCGGAGAAUCCAAAAUCAUUCAGAGAGGAUUUAGAAGAAUACACUUCUAGGAUGCAAAUAUUCACAGAGCUUGUUUCAAAAGCUAUGGCAAAGUCAUUGAACUUGGAAGCAGAUUGCUUCCUGAAUCAGUUUGGCAAACGAGCAGCGCUACAAGCAAGGUUCAACUACUACUCACGGUGUCAGAGGCCUGAUCUUGUUCUAGGUUUGAAAGCCCAUGCAGAUGGAUCAGGGUACACCAUUAUCUUGCAAGACGAUGUAGAAGGUCUUCAGGUCUUCAAAGAUGAGCGAUGGUUCACAGUUCCUGCAAUUUCUGAUGCUCUCCUAGUACUCAUGGGUGAUCAAAUGGAGAUAAUGACCAAUGGGGUGUUCAAGAGCCCAGUUCAUAGAGUUUUGACCAACUCAGAGAAGGAGAGGGUUUCUGUGGCCGUCUUCUACGCACCUGAACCAAAUAAAGAGAUUGGACCAGAAGAAGGUUUGAUCAACGAGGAACGAAAAAAAAUAUACAAGAAAGUGAAAGACUAUGCUGAUGUGCACUGGGAACACUACCAGCAAGGAAAGAGGGCAAUUCAUGUGGCAAAAGUUUAGAUCUGUGCCAUCAGCAUGAUGCCUUGUGGUUUUUAUCACAUCAUCUUUAUACACCUUGCCUGAUAAUGUCGUGUAUAUUAUUGAUAAUUUAUGUACAUUAUCGAUCUGGAGAAGUUUCCUAAAACUACUCCCUCGUUAUUUUCCAUCAUUUGGCUCCAUGUUAAUAUGAUUGAAGGUAUUGCUGCUAAAA